GGCGGAGAGGUAAUGUGACACACGUAUUUCCUUACGAGAGAUUACUCCCGUCAACGCUGAUCGCAGAAAACUUUUAAAAUUAAUUAUUAGGUGGCGCUUUAAGCGCCAUGGAUCUUGCUUCCUUAUCUUACUUUCCCUUAACCUCCGCUAAUUUGUGUUACAUGUUUCUUAUCACAUGAUAUCUAUUUGCGUUUGUUACUAGUUUCUCCACUGUGACUCCGAUCGAUCUCUAUACAAUUGUAAAUUUUCAUAUUUGCGAUCUAAUAUCGUCGCAAGAUGGCAAGUACGUUCUUAUACUUUGCUUAUGGCAGCAAUUUGUUAACGAAAAGAAUUCACUUCAAUAAUCCAACAGCCGUGCGAAAGGACAUUGGUCGUUUAAAAAAUUACAGACUUGAUUUUAUAACAUACACAAAAAGAUGGGGUGGAGCAGCAGCAACGAUAGUUCCUACAGAAAACUGUUCUGUAUGGGGUGCAGUUUGGGAAUUAGAUAAAUGUAAUCUUUCUACGUUGGAUUGUCAAGAGGGUGUUAUGGAUAAUAUAUACUUUCCAUUGAUAGUUAAUAUUGAAACUCCCAAUGGUGCUAUUUUAGAAUGUAGAGUAUAUCAACAAUGUAAUAUUCCUGCAAACUAUAUAAAACCAAUGUUCCUGCCAAUCGAAAGACGACCAUCGCCUCUUUAUUUAGAAACAAUUAUUAAAGGUGCCCAAGAAAGUCAACUUCCUGAUAGUUACAUACAAUUUUUAAAGAUGAUAUCGCACAAUGGAUUUAAGGGAAAAUGUGAAAUUAGCUUAUCCUUGAAAGAAGCUUAACAUCUGUGAUUCUACACCUUUGUAUAAAGUUUUGAGGAUUCGUUCGGCCAUUGAUAAUUCUGAAGCUUCCUGCAGAAUUAGCUUAACUAAGGUAUAACAGGGAAUUUUUAUUUUCACGAAAAUCUAUUUAUCUUUGUAAUAUUGAAAAUAAUGGAUAAGGAUAUGCAUACAUGCAUAUGUACAUACAUACAUGCAUACAUAUAUAUAUAUAUAUAUAUAUAUAUGUAUAUAUAUAUAUUUAUAAAAUCUAUGUUAUAACAUUCUACAUGCGUGCGUGCGUGUUUAUAUAAACAUAUAGUAAAAAGUAAACAAUAAACUUAAUUAAAGUAUCACUGCUGUCUCAUAAUUCAUAUUUAUUUCAGACCACUUUUUUUCUAAUACAUCUUUGUUCCAAGAGUAAACAUCUAAUAAUGGAGCAAAGAAUGGAAUUAAUGGUGCAAGCAUCAUUAUUUGCACCAUUGAUAUCUAUUCUUAUCUAUUAUUUUUUAAUUUUAAAUAUAGCAUAUAUACUUUUUAUACAUUAAGUUAAAAUAUUAUAAACACAAUUUAUUAUUAUUACCUAUACAUUCAAUUAUUGUAAUAAACCUUUUAUUUCGUUAACAAA